UAUCGUUGCCGCCAUGUCACAGUCGGCAGUCAUCGGAGUCAAUUUUGGCCACUCCUUCUCGUCCAUCGCCGCCAUCAACCAGCAUGGCCGCGCUGAUGUCAUUGCCAACGAGGAUGGAGAGAGGCAGCUGGCCACGAGGAUCGCAUUCAAUCAGGACCAGGUCUACAUCGGUAACCAGGCUACCCCUCAGCUUGUCAGGAAUGCUCAGAAUGUCAUUGACAAGUUUGCCAACUUGCUUGGCCGAUCCUACUCGGACUUGAGCGACUCCGAGAUGAAGCGCUCAUCUGCCCCCGUCAUCGACAACAAGGGCGUUCCUUCCUUCAAGGUCGAGAUUCAGGGCAAGGAGGAGACCCUCUCUGCCCACGACGUAGCCGUACGCUACAUCCGCUCCCUCUUCCUCACUGCAAAGGACUUCCUCUCUGGCGUCCCCAUUGCCGGAGCUGUCCUCUCGGUGCCCCUCUCUUACUCCUCGAAGCAGAUUGCAGCACUCAAGGAGGCAUCCGCAGAAGCCGGCUUGAUCGUGCUCCAGGUCAUCCCCGCCCCUGCUGCCGCUGUCACCGCCUACGGUCUCACCGCCCCAGGUGAGGGAGGCUCUCUCCCCGCCCACCCGGAUGGCAUCGAGGCUGCUCCUUACGCCCCCGGCACAGAGCUGGACCGCAACCUUGCCGUCGUCGAUGUAGGCGGGUCCUCCACCACCGUCGCCGUCCUCGCGGCUCGCUCAGGCGUCUACACCCUCCUCUCCUCCGUCACCCAAGCCGGCCUCGGAGGUCAGCAGGUGGACGACGCCCUCGUCUCCUACUUCGCCAAGGAGUUCACAAAGAAGACCAAGGUCCCCGUCGAGGAGAGCAACGCCCGUGCUUGGGCUAAGCUGCGCAACGAGGCCGAGCACACCAAGCGCGCACUCAGCGCUUCAUCGUCGGCCCAGUGCGCCGUCGAGUCGCUCGCGGACGGCGUUGACUUCUCUGGACCCAUCAACCGCAUUCGCCUCGACCUCCUCGCCGCGCCAGUAUACAAUGCGAUUGUAGGCAAGGUCAAGGAAGCCCUUGCUCAGGCUAAGCUCGACCCCUGCCAGGUAGACGAGGUGGUCCUUGCUGGUGGAUCGGCCCGUCUGCCCGGCCUCACCAACACACUGCUUCACCUCUUCCCCGAGGGAGGCGCGACUAAGUUGACCGACUCAAUCGACUCGGACCAGGUCAUCGCGAGGGGAUGCGCUGUCCACGCGUCAUGCAUCGCUGCUGCGCCUGAAGACUCUGCUGAGCGCAAGUUCCUCCUUGACCUCCCUGCCGCCCCGCCUAAGGAUGUGCAAUCCCUUCAGGCUCCCACUACCACCAGGCCACUGGGACUCGUCCUGCCCGCCUCUGGCGCAUCAAACGGCCACUCCGGCCCUGCGGCAGUGGACGGCGAGCUCUUCGUCACUCUUCUCCCUGCCCACACCGCCCUCCCCGCACGACGCGUCUACACCCUCCCCGCCUCUCAGGCCGGGCCUGCCCUCUUCUCCUUCGCUGAGGGCACUGCAGACGUCAAGGUCGAGCAGGUUCAGCGUGAGCGCGACGAGGACGAUGAGGACGAUGAGGAAGACGAGGAGGACGAGCCUGAGGAGAAGAGGACGCCUAUUGUCAAGGCGGACAAGAAGAGGAUAGCUGAGGUUGCGUUCGAGGCUAAGAGCAAGGGGGAGAAGGUGCGCGUCGAGAUUGUGGCGCAGGUGGAUGGCGCAGUGAGGAUUACUGUUGGAGAGGGUGAGGGGAAGAAGGAGCUGGAGCUUCCUAAGCCCUGAGCGGAUCGUGAAGAGUAGAGAAGAAGAGCUAUAGAUGAUAGGGAAUCGCUGCGGCGAUGCUGCUAUUGACAAAAUGCUAUGAUCACUAAGGAAACUAUGC